AUGAUCAUCUUACAGAAUCAUAUUCUAUACGCAUUUACUGUCAUUUUGUUGAUGGCAUCAAGUACUUCAUUUAAGCUUGUCGAAUCGUUUUUGUCCAUAAGAGAAGGUGUUCUUCUUAAAGGCCACCCUAUGCAAUGGCAGCGGACUACAAGCUUCUUUUCAUGCGCACACCUAUGCUUAAGGAAAGAGGGAUGCCGAUAUAUUAAUUACAAAGCUUCAACCGAGACAGAGGGCGUUUGUGAACUGUUAAAAGACACCAGUAGAGACCAUAAUAACGGUUACAUAGAUGGGCCAGGAUGGUUUCACGGACAGAUUGUUCAUUCUAGAGUGAGUGCUCGUACAGGCAGUAAUACGCCAGAUUUCAAAUUCACCUUCACAACUCUUGGUGCGGUGGGUUCGAAUGGGCCAAUAGAUUCAUACGGGUAUAAAGGAACAACAUUACAAGGGAAAAUUAAGAUUAAAAACGGCAUCCAAUUGUGGACUGUACCCCUAAGUGGAUCUUACGUCAUAGAGGCCUGGGGAGCAUCCGGAGCUGAAGGCCGCCAAUCUGCUGACGUGUCAGCAACCACAAGAGCGGGAGGAAAAGGCGCCUAUGUAAGAGCCACUUUUGUUCUCACACGCGGAAAAGUACUCAAAAUUCUCGUUGGACAAACUGGCUGCACAGGGAAAGUUGGUUCACCGUUACCGGGAGGAGGAGGAGGGGGUACGUUUAUCACUUCUUCCACCGACGUUCCAUUGAUUAUUGCUGGUGGAGGGGGAGGAGGUGUUGCGCAGCCAGGAAAUUUACAUGAAGGGGAUCCAGGCCAGACAACACGGAAUGGGUCACAGGCAGGGGGCUCUAACGGAUCUGGCGGAAACCUUUCCCAGCAGGGCUCCCCGUUAGCUUUAUUGGAAUGCGGAGCGGGAGGCGGCUUGAACGGAAAUGGGAAGUCUAGGAUGAUCUGGGUUGGGGGAAAAGGAUUUACAAACGGAGGUAAUGGGGGGAACUCCCCCAUUGAAGGCCAUGGAGGUUUUGGGGGAGGUGGUGCGGCAUGGCGGUAUCCUGGGGCAGGGGGUGGGUACUCGGGCGGGGGUGUCGUGAAGGAUAAGAACGAAACAAUCGCUGGCGGGGGAGGGUCUUUUAACACAGGUGCUAACCCGAAGAAGGAAGAAGGAUUGGGAGGGGAUGGGAAGGUGAUAAUUCAACUUCUCGAGGCUGAUAAAGAAUUUGUAAAGUAACAUUGCCAAAGCUUGUUCCGAGAGAAAAACAUGGAAAGUUUCACCUCAAAUAUAAUUUUAACUUGAGGUUCGUGUAAAGUGUAGUGCUGUAAAAUGCAAAAAAGCCAAAAUGCUACAAAUAACAAAUUUAAGAGGAAUUUAAGAUUAUUGUUCCAGAAGCACCGUUGCUUACUAAUUGUUCAAACACAAAGAAAUCUAUCAGGGAGAUUAGGAAAAAAUAUCGCUAUAGUGCCCCCUCUCAUUGCUGCUUUUGCUCAAGCAUCUCGCAGGUACAGUUCUCUCGAAAUCCGAGAGACUCGAUCCAGCCCGCUUUGCUAGCAGAAGGUGUUCAAGGGGUUUGGCACGAGGAAAUAAGCCAGACUGCUCACAGACAUCCCACAGCUUUCGCGAGAAGCUUGCCAAAUAUGAGUGAAACAGUGCCAAUGAGAGAAAUCCAACUAUGACAACUCAUAUUGUAAGAAACCUGAAGAUAAACAUUUAUAGAGAAAGAUGU